UAAAGGUUUCUGACAUGGUAUCAGAGCUAUAGCCAAUUAUACAAAACUUUUGGCUGCUCUCGAUCUUAGACUUUGUUUUUUUUUUAUCACUUUCUGAUUCUCUCUUCAAUCGAUUUCUAUCAUGAGUGAGAGUACUGCACUGGUUCCGGCUCGUAGUAAGACACGCCGUACUAUUGAUCCUUAUGAUUUGUCUUCUGGUGAUAAUCCUGGUAGCGUGAUAUCUCAACCCCUUCUUCGUGGUCCUAAUUACGAUGAAUGGUCCACUAAUAUCCGACUUGCACUCAAGGCGAGAAAGAAGUUUGGUUUUGUUGACGGAACGAUUCCUGAACCGACGGUCGACUCCGAAGAUCUUGAAGAUUUGGGAGCAAACAACGCUAUGGUGAUCUCUUGGCUAAAACUGACAAUUGACGAGAACCUUCGUACCUCUCUUUCCAAUCAUGAGAAUGCUCAUGAACUGUGGAAACAUAUCAAGCAGCGCUCCUCGGUCCGGAAUGGUCAGCGUGUACAACGCCUUAAAGCUGAACUUGCUACGUGUACUCAGAAGGGACUUGCAAUGCAAGAUUACUAUGGGAAGCUAACUCAAUUAUGGAGGAGUUUAUCUGAUUAUCAACAGGCAAAAACGGUGGAGGAGAUUGCCAAAGGAAGAGAAGAAGACAAGCUUCAUCAAUUUUUGAUGGGUCUUGAUGAGACAAUAUAUGGCGCCGUGAAGUCUUCAUUAUUGUCUCGUGUACCGUUGCCCACACUUGAUGAAGCAUAUCAGAUUUUAGCACAAGAUGAAGAAUCAAAGUCAGCUAGUCGUGUGCUGAGUAAUCGAGUUGAAGAAAUGAGUUUUGCUGUUCAGACUCAGGGUUCACAAAGGUCGGUUCAUCAUACCCGAAAUCGUCAUGUGUGUACUAGUUGCGGGAAAACGGAUCACUUUGCAGAAAAUUGUUUUCGGAAGAUUGGGUAUCCGGACUGGUGGGUUGAGCGAUCUGCACCAUCUUCUCGUCCUCGCCAAAUGUCUCUGGGUUCACCACAAGUGCCGAAUACAGGAAAAGGCCUUGGGCAUCCACCAGCUCGUGCUAACUCCAUAGUUGCAGUGCCAUCUACUCCGUCUACCGGUGUUCCCCAAGCUGCCGCUAAUUCGGUAUUGAGUGUUGCCGAUCGUAUUGGACUCACUGGCCUUACUAAUGCGCAGUGGGAAAGCUUGAAGCUAGCUCUUGACGAACGUGACAAAACUUCUACAACUCUUUUGGGACCGCAUUACCAGGAUGUUGAUUGGUUCGGAGGAGCAACGUAAUGGCUUAUAUUUCUUCAGAAUCAUGGAUGUCGCAGCUGCAAUGCAUAUCACGAAGAUGACAUCUCCAGAAUUAUGGCAUCAACGCCUGGGGCAUCCCUCUUCUAAAGCCUUGGAGUCUUUAUCUAUUUCUGAUUUAAGUUGUAGUUCCAAGUUUGAUCAUAAGGCAUGCGACAUUUGUAUCCGUGCUAAACAGUCUCGUGACACAUUUCUGAAUAGUUUGAAUAAAACAAACA